AUGGUCAACGUCUUCGCUGUCCCAGUGUUCUUCAUCUGCUUUCGGGAAUGUCUCGAAUGCAGCAUCAUCGUCUCUGUCCUUCUUGCUUUCCUCAAGCAGACGCUAGGUCCUGAUCACGAUGCCCAGAUACGCAAAAAGCUUGUGCGUCAGAUCUGGUUUGGUAUCGCUCUCGGCGUCUUCAUCUGCCUUAUCAUAGGCGCAGGCGUAAUCGGCACCUUUUACACUGUCGGCCGCAAUGCCUUUGAUUCAGCAGAGUACAUUUAUGAAGGCGUCUUUGCGUUGGUCGCAGCCGUUAUCAUCACACUGAUGGGUGCUGCACUCCUUCGUGUCAGUAAACUGCAGGACAAGUGGAAAGUCAAGAUUGCCAAGGCAUUGGAACAGAAAGAUAGCAUGGGUUUCGGGAAGGGAAAGUUCAAGGUCUGGGGCGAGAAGUAUGCCAUGUUCCUCCUACCCUUUGUGACUGUUCUGCGCGAGGGCGUCGAGGCGGUACUAUUUAUAGCAGGCGUUGGUGUCGGUCUGCCCGCGACGUCUUUCCCUCUCGCCGUAAUAUGCGGCCUCGGAGCUGGCGCCUUGAUCGGUUACCUCAUCUACCUAGGCGGACACAGAACCUCGCUGCAGAUCUUCCUUGUAGCAUCGACAUGCUUCCUAUACCUUGUGGCCGCAGGCCUUUUCUCCAAAGGUGUCUGGGAUCUCGAAAUGAAUGCAUGGGUAAAGCUCGCAGGUGAAGGUGCCGCUGAAGCAGGCGCUGGCCCGGGCAGCUACGACAUCCGCCAAAGCGUGUGGCACGUCAACUGCUGCUCGCCUGGCGAGAACGGCGAUGGCGGUUGGGGUAUCUUCAACUCGCUCUUUGGGUGGCAGAACAGUGCGACGUAUGGCUCAGUCAUUUCGUAUAACUUAUACUGGCUGGUUGUCAUCGUUGGAUUCCUGGUCAUGGGCUUCAAAGAGAGAAACGGUCGUUAUCCAUUCCAGAAGUCAGCGCCAAUGGCUCCAGGAGAUGCUACGAGCGAGAGCAGCAGUGGCGUGGUUGGGAAGAUCGAUGCACCUGGUGCCCCUCGCGCUGAAGUUCGGGAAAUCCAUACAUGA